AUGGGCUCAGUAGAUAGUACAGGUUUCGACCUGUCCAAGAACUUCUAUAAUGUGAUCAACGGGGAAAAGCGAUCGAGCUCGCGAACAAGUCAUGGCACGAAUCCAUCUACCAUGGAACAACUCCCAGAGGCCCCGAUUGCAUCGUCUCAAGAUCUGGACAAGGCUGUCCGCGGUUCCAGGGCGGCAUUUGCUGAAUGGUCAGAAGUUCCGGUCGAGAAAAGAAAGGCAUUAGUGAAUGCGUUAGCCGGGGCUUUGGAGGCUCACUCUGAACAAUUUGCUCGUUUGCUGACUCUCGAGCAAGGAAAACCGCUGUCCCUCGCCCAGGGAGAGAUCAAGAUAGGCGUCCUUCGAGCGCGAGAACUAUGCAACUUAGACUUACCCGAGACGAUCAGGCUCGAAGAUGAGAGACGGAGAGCUAUCUUGUCAUAUAGCCCUCUUGGAAUUUGUGCUUUGAUUGUUCCUUGGAAUUUCCCCAUUUCCUUGGCUACUCAAAAGAUAGCUUCGGCAUUGGUGACUGGAAACACGGUCAUCUUGAAGCCGUCUCCGUUUACCCCAUACUGUGGCUUGAAGCUGGGCGAGCUGGCUCAACAGUUCUUCCCGCCCGGUGUUUUCCAGGUUCUCAACGGCGAUGAUGAACUGGGUCCUUGGAUCACAGCUCACCCUGGGAUUGACAAGAUCAGUUUCACAGGAUCAAUUGCGACGGGAAAGAGGGUUAUGGAGAUUGCGAGCCGGACACUGAAGCGCGUGACGUUGGAGUUAGGUGGCAAUGACCCUUGCAUUAUCUGCGACGAUGUCAACAUUGAGGAAACGGUGGCCAAGGUGGUUACUAUAUCCUUUCUGAAUUCGGGCCAGGUUUGUAUUGCGGUCAAGAGAAUUUAUGUUCAAGAAAAUAUCUACGAUCAGUUCCUCGCCGCCUUCGUGGACCGUGUCAAGACUCUCCAGCUCGGGGAUGGGUUGGAGGAUGGAGUUUUCCUCGGACCCCUCCAAAACAAGCAACAAUACGAAAUAGCACAAAGGUUUCUCUCAGAUGUUGAAAGCCAGAAUCUGAAAGUCGCCCUAGGUGGUUCCGUCGUCCACACUAGACCUGGCCUUUUCAUCUCCCCGACGGUGGUGGAUCGACCGCCUGACACAUCUGAUGUGGUGAAAGAAGAGCUUUUUGCACCGAUUGUACCCUUACUUUCCUGGAAGAAUGAAGAGGAGGUCAUCUCCCGAGCGAAUGAGACUCACACAGGCCUCGGAGGCUCUGUCUGGUCCAAAGACAUUGCCCGGGCCACGAGAAUUGCGCGAAAAUUGCAAGUUGGAACGGCUUGGAUUAACGAGCAUGGGGCCCUCGACCCUCGUGUGCCAUUCUCAGGCUUGAAGGAAAGCGGGUACGGAACAGAGUUAGGUAUCGAAGGACUCAAAGCGUUCUGUAACAGCAAGGUGAUUUUCGUUCCAAAGUAA